AUGAUAAAAUCAAGCCGCUACGGCACUGCUCUGUUGAUACCAGUCAAAUCUUAUCGGAAUGACAUCAUUAUGAAUGUGAAAGUAUUACGAUUAAUAACGCAUCAUUUUUCUCUGCAUUAUGCUUCAUGUUUACAACAAAUGAAAAUACCAGUACAACGAUUAUUUUCUCAAAAUUUAAAAUCAUCAGCAAUUUCGGAAGAAGGAUUUUCUGAAACGGAAUAUAACUGUUUGAGAAGCAUGUAUGAAUCUAAAACUCCAGAAGAAUUUAAACGUUCAGAACAUUUAGAGCCUGAGCCUCUACGAACCUAUCUUUUGAAUACAUCACUCUAUCCAUUAGAAGGCUAUCAAAUUGCAGAACUGAUGGAAGAAGCUCUCCGACACCAAAACUAUCAACAAACGGUAGACAUUUUUACAUCAACGGCUAAUGAGGACUCUCGGAAUAUACGAGGUUAUGAAUUGGUUGUUGAUGCUUUGAUGGAGUUGAAAGAUUAUAAACUUGCAGAGAUGAUAUGCCUAAAGGGCGCUUCCAAGUUCUAUACACAGAGAAACAACCCAAUAUUUGCACAACUAUUGCGAAUAUAUUGUGUCACGAAUCAACCUGAAAAACUUGACGCUUUAUAUAAACAGCUAGCAGACAGUGGAUUUAUGGAUAGUUUUCAACAGUACGCCGUUUUAAAGCGCUUUGCGGAUCGUUCAGACUUAAAGUCUAUGGAGGUAUUUUUUGACAAGAUAACAAAGCCUUCCGAACAGAUUUUGCAACUAAUGCUUACGCCCUAUAUUAACAAUGAUGUGGGUGUUGAAAAGGUCGAAGAAAUAUUUAACAAAUUUUCUCAGCCCAAUACCAAGAUUUACAAUAUUGUAAUGGAUUAUUUCGUCAACAAAGGAAGCUAUACAAAGGCUGAAGAGAUUUAUCGGAGUAUUAAGGAACCAGAUACACACUCACACAAUAUUAUUCUAAAAGCCUAUACACAAACACAGGAUACGCUCAAGUUGGCGAGACAUGUGCAACAACAUCCACCCGAUAACUAUACCUAUAACACCCUGCUUACCAAGUAUGCAAAGCUAGGAGACAUUUCUACUGUGGAAAAUAUUUUCAAGAUGAUGAAAGAACGUUCGUUUGACACGUACAACAUCAUGUUGAUGGCUUACAAUAAGGCAGGCAGAAAUGAUAAGGCUCUUGAGUUUUAUCAAACACAAAUACCAACCUCUAUCCAAGACGGAUAUUCAUAUGCCACUUUGAUGAAAAUUAUCGCUGAAGAACAUGAUGCUGAAGCAGUUCAAAACGUUUAUCAGUCCAUUCAAAAUCCCAACAUGGUACACAAAAAUAUUUUGAUGAAUACACUGGCAGACCAAGGUAAAAUGAAGGAAGUAGAAGAAAUAUUCAAGACCAUUCAAGAUCCUGAUGAAUAUAGCAUUAACUCACUUUUGAAGGCAUUUAUUAAUGGCAAAGAUUUCGAACGUGCUGAAAUGUGUUUCAAAGAACUCAAAAAUCCUACAACGAGUACUUGCAACAUCAUGCUAAAGGAAUAUAAGAAACGGAAAAUGACAGACAAGAUACGAACGAUUUUCCACUCCAUGCCGAAACCAAAUAAUCAGACCUAUACCGUAAUUCUUUCAGCCCUUCCUCCAACAGAGGCCAUGGCUCUUCUGAAACAAAUACCAAAUCCAAACGACCUUCAUAUUCGAGCAAUCAUGGGCAACUUUGCUAAUUCUGGUGAUGUUGAUAUGGUUGUGCAAAUAUUUGAGAAGCUCGUCAAUCCUCAGCCUGAAGCUUAUGCCAUUCUGUUGGCUGCCUUAACGAAAAACCUAAGCAAGGACAAUGUGGCUGAAAUGCUACCUGUCAUUGAACACUAUUAUCAGCAAAUGCCAGACAAAACUUAUCUUGCAGCUGUGAAUUGUGUCCUUAAAGGAUAUGCAGUUGCUGGAGAUUAUGAAACUGUUGAAAAUAUGAUUGCUAAAAUGCCAGAAGUUUCAAUUAUUUCUGAAAAUUGUCUGUUGCGAGCGUAUAAGGAAGCUUCAAUGUAUGACAAGGCCUAUAACUUCUACAUGAACCAAAUGAAAAUGGUGGAUAGUGUGUCUUUUGUGCUAAUCAUGGCAUGCUACUACAAGUGUCACCAUACCAAACCUUCUGUACAGCUUGUUGAGGAAUUAUUUGCAAAACUUUCCGAUCCUUACACAUCUGCCUACAACUCACUGAUGGAAUUUUAUUGUAGAGACAAUACCCUUUCUUCCUACAAUAAGGUUGUUAAAUUAUUUAAGAACAUUCCAAAUCCUGACCGUACUUCCUUCUCUCAUUUAAACAAAGCCAAAGAAGCAAUUGCAAAGCAUGAAGGUUUAUAA